AUGGCGGAAACAUUCGCGUCUCACAAGGUGAUGCGAGGCGGACCCCCGAUGCCGCUCGGAGACGCAGUCAACUAUUUCUCAGUCAGCGCUGCUACACCUCCAGGAACAACACACCCAUCCGGCGCAACCCUUCGCAUCAAACUAGACAACCCGCGCCCGGACACUCCGUUCAUGAUCAGAAGCAGUCAACUCAUCAGCGGCCGAGUUUUGAUCCAGUCCCCCAAGUCGCUCCGAAUUCCAAACUUGUCGCUGCGCGUAUACUUUGAAUCGCGUACGCUCUACUGGAACUUGGAGCCCAAGAAGCAGAGGGAUAAUUUUGAUCAGAUGGUGAUGAUGAUGACCAAGUCGCAAUUGGAUACCGAGGAUGAGAUGGUACCCGUGACGAGGCACGAAGUUCAUCGGGGCAUCGUUCCUCCUUCCAACGUUCCACUUUCGUGGGGCGCUCAGAUCGAGGUUCAACCCGAUCAGGAAACUGUUCUUCCGUUUUCGUUUAUCGUUCCGAAGAAGAUGACCAUCACUGAAUGGAGUAAGCAUCCGUACGCUCCGAGAGAGUUGUGUCGCGUCGAACGGUGCCCGCCUUCUACCCUUCGAGACUCGAGGUUUGGGAGUGUGCAGUGGGUAGUGGAGGCGAUCAUGGACCUCGUGCCUGAUCCGAAAUCCAAACAGGAUUACGAUACCAUGUUGCGCCAACCGACGAGCGGACAAGUCGUUACGCGUAUCGCGUUUCCGUUUGUGCCCAGUUUGGAAGACGUCUCUGCUCUCAGAACUGAGCCGUUCUUUGGCCAUGAUCCAGCAAAGGACCUGUACGGAUCUCGGAGACUAAGCGAAGAAGAGCUCGAGUCUGAAAAAAAGGCGGUAAUGGAGCGGGUCCGAGCGCGUGGAGGCAAGUGGGAAGUGUAUUCAAAGGGAUUUCCGACUGGAAAGAGUAACAUGUGGUCCGAGGUAUGCACAUCUGCUGGAGCGACCAUAUCUACCAAUUCUGCGACACUUCCUAUCCUUCUUUUCAUCAAGCAUGGUGGAGCUCAAAAGAGUAUGAAAUCACUCUUCCGUACUGCUAAACCCGUACCAGUAUACCUUCAUCGUGCGCUGGUUAUUCUUUCGCGGGUUACCUCUACCAGGGGCGGAAAAGAGAUCAAACCACACGUCAACGAGGUGACUGUUCGCCAACAAGAGUUUUUAUUUGAUAGCCAGACAUCUGGCUCAUCUGCUCCAACGGGACGUGCUAUCUUGUACGAAGAUGUCGAGCCGGUCGAAGUUGAUUUAACAUUGGAUCUACAAUCCGAAGCCCUGUAUGGUAAUCAACAGUCCAUUCCAGCAAGGCACCUUUCUCCUAGCUUCCGUACGCCUAACUUUCAACACGAGUUUCUUCUUACGAUAUUGUUAUCCUUUGCUGGAGACAAGACUGAUAGGUCUCCAGUGAGGUUUACAGUUCAGGUCCUCCCCGCUGCUGGCGAAGAUGGAAACCAGCUACCACCUUUUGAAGAGGUAGCUACUGAUGUACUACCUCCGGCAUUUGCUGAAGGCGGUGGUACUUCUAAUUAG